CCCAAAUGCAGAAUCUUCUUCGGUGUACGUGAUCGCUUUAUUGCACCAACACAAGAGAACCGAGAAGCGUUUUACUUUUUUUCUUUCGAAAAAAAAUUAUUAGUUCUGAUGUUAUUAUUUAUUAUUUAUUAAUAACAUUAUUAGUUCUGGCUUCUGAGCUUCCCAACCGUAUAUAUCAUCAAAUUCAAAUUGUUAUUAAGGUUAAUUAAGAACAUAUAAAGUAUCAUCAGAGUCCACCAAAAUGGCCAUUAAUGAUGAUUUACCUGGAGCAGUUGGAACAAGCGCCAGCUUCGCAUUGAGAUUGGGGCAGGCUGUUUUCUCUUCUGCGUCUCUGCUCUUCAUGUCUAUAGGAGUUGAGUUCUACAGCUAUACCGCUUUCUGCUUCUUAGUGACAACCAUGGGUUUGGUGAUCCCAUGGAGUAUUACUCUAGCUCUGAUUGAUGGGUAUUCAGUAUACGUUCGGUGCCCGGUCCGGCAACCCGGAAUACUUCUGGUCAUUGUUUUAGGAGAUUGGGCCUUAUCAAUCCUCACACUAGCUUCAGCUACCUCAACUGCUGCCAUUGUUGACCUUUUCUUAAGAGCAGAGGGAACUCCAUGUCCUGCAAAGCUUUGCAGUAGAUACCAAAUAUCAGCUGCCAUGGCCUUCUUCACUUGGUUUCUUUCCAUGGCUUCCUCACUUUCCAAUCUUUGGCUUCUUCCUUCUUUGUUAUAACCCCAUCUAUCGCCGUGUACAUAAUUAUAUAAGUAUCAUGUAAGUGCAGAUAGGUUUUCCAAUCUCAGGAGUUUGCAUUGAAAAUGAUCAUUUUGAGAAAUAUAUACACCUAAAGGCUACCUGAGAAAUUUUCCCUUCUUUUAUACAGCGUAUAGGAUAUAUUGUUAGAUAUUCUACAACAUAUAGGUCAAAGAAUUGUGCAAGCUUUGUUGACAAAAAAAAUGUUCAAGCAUGUCACAGAUGUACAGAAACAUUACGAUCUGGUUAUUACAAUUAAGGAUUAUUAUUAUUAUCACCAUCGUGUC